AUGAAAAUCAACGACCUUCCUCCCGAAAUCCUAGCUUUGAUCUUUCAAGUCCUACCUUCCCAAUAUGACUUAUUCCAAUGCGCAUUGACUUGCAAACACUUUAACGAAGGAGCUAUACCACUGCUUUGGAGAGCACCCGACUUGUCUCAAAACAACCAGUUUUCAAAGUUCGUGAGAUGCUUGGCAUCUAGUCGCAAACCACUCGGCCAUUGGGUACGACGUUUCAAAGUGGAUGUCGACACACACAGCAUUGGGGACCAUGAUUGCAUCAACCUUGUUCAAUACAUGCCACAGCUUGAAGAGUUCAUUGUCGAGAAUGCAGAACGAUUGACUGACAAGAGUAUUUGCAAGCUACCAGAACUUUGCCAGCAACUACAAGAGCUGCAGCUUGAGAGAGCCGAUAUCACCUACCGUUCAGCACAUUACCUUGGACGUUGCAAGCGCUUACGACGAUUGACGUUACGAGACUGUUCCAAGCUCAAUUCUAUGACACUAUUACCAUUUGCAGAGUGCCCACUCGAGUACUUGGAUUUAUCAGGGUGCAAAUGGCUCAAUGCGCAGGAUACAGCUUACGAUCUCCGCGCUUUUCAUCGUCUCAAACAUCUCGACAUUGUAUGCAGCGACCAAGGAUCAAUGAAUGAGUUUAUGCAACACCUUACUGUGGAUGAUGAAACGGGACAAACGAUCAUUCCAGCACUCACAUCAUUCUCUGUAACCGGUCGUAAUCAGAUUGGUGAUGAUGCUGUGGUCCAAUUUGUUCAACUUCACCCCCAUCUUGAAUACUUGACACUUAUGGCUUGUGCUAUCACCGACAUUUCUUUGGAUGCGAUCCAACAUCAUCUACCUCAGCUUCGAUUUCUCGACAUUUCAUAUUGCGAAGGUGUCUCUCAAGGAGGUGUACGCAAGCUAAUCCAGCAUAGUGAAGGGCUCGAGAUGAUUGGAUUGAAAGGAUGUGGAAUCACACCAUUUGCAGAACUUUUAUCCAAUCUAUCGUCGUCACCAAGGAGACCAUUGAUCGAUCGUCUAGGCCAAGUUGAGUUAGCUAUCAUUCGCUCUGCACCAGAAGAACACGUGCCAACAUCACCACAAACGACACAACAGCAGGAUGACGAUUCAAUCCCAAUGGAUCAUGAGCUUAUACUUCCACAAAAUGAUACGCCCGAUCCCACACAAGAGAUGCAUGAUCAUUCCAUUUUUCUCGCUUAUGCAGCUAUUCAACGUUCCCUGGAUGCCAACACGUUGUAA